UAUCGGCCCAGGUUUUGAAAAGGGCAGUCCGGAAAGGUGCAGUUACAGGGGGCCACCUUAUCUAAAAGCAGAAGUUCUGUUCUGUCAGCUGUUUCUUCGGUUGUCUUCUCUCUGCUUCUCCACUCGGACGUAAGCCACAAACAACAGAACUGGCAAAGGGAAAGGCUAAAGUAGCUAUAAAAAGAAUCCAAUGUCUAUGUCUACCUUCCAGUUUCCAACCCUUUUAAUCCCAUCAAGAAAGUACAAAUUUGUGCAUGUUCCUCCUCAUCAUCUUGAUCACGAUCAAACUUGUAGUUCAAAAAGACGGUCGUUUCACCUUCGGCAUACAAAAUAUUCAGGUCACUCUACAAGAACAUUCCAAUGCCAGGCUCAAAACCAAAAGCAGGAAGUUUAUCAAGUUGAAAGGCUCUUUUCUAACCUUAACCAAGCUACUCUCAAGAGAGAACCUGGAAGUUUAUCUAGUGCAAUCUUUCUGGUCGCUGGUACAACGGUAGGUGCUGGGAUACUAGCAAUUCCUGCAGUGACUCAAGAAUCUGGAUUUUUGGCCUCUGCUAUGGCCUGCAUUUUUUGUUGGAUAUAUAUGGUUGCUACUGGGCUGCUUGUUGCUGAAGUAAAUAUCAAUACGAUGUGUGAAUUGGGUUCCGGUGGAGUUUCAUUGGUGUCAAUGGCCAGGAGAACUCUUGGGACGAUUGGAGUUCAAAUUGCAUGCUGGUCAUAUAUUUUUAUCCAUUACGCCCUUCUAGUUGCCUAUGUUGCUCGUUCUUCAGAUAUUGUGACAAACUUUCUCGGCAUUCCAUUAUGGGAAAGUGCAACUUUAUUUUCUUUGGUUUUGGGAGGCAUAUGCUACUUUGGAAGUCAGCGCUUCAUUGGUGCUGUUAAUGGAAUUCUAGUAAUUGGAAUCAUUACUUCAUUCGCAGCUCUUGUGGCAGUUGCCAGUGGAGAUCUACAGUUAGAUGCUCUUUUGAAAGCCAACUUUGAAGCUGUUCCUAUGAGCAUACCAAUUAUUGCACUUUCAUUUGUUUAUCAGAAUGUAGUGCCUGUUCUUUGCACAAAUCUUGAAGGAAACAUCUCAAAAGUAAGGACUGCGAUUGUUCUAGGCACAGCUAUACCCUUGGGUUUGUUUCUUGUAUGGAAUGGUGUUAUUUUAGGAUCAAUCACAAGUAAUGAGAUAACUGAUAAGAUCAUUGAUCCACUGCAACAGUUGAGAUCUACCAAUGGAGUCGUCAGACCAAUAAUUGAGGUCUUCUCACUUCUUGCCAUUGCAACAUCUUAUAUUGGAUUUGUUUUGGGGCUGGCUGACUUUCUUGCUGACUUGUUGAAACUUCCAGCUAGUCAGAGUAAUCCUUUGCCAUACCUCUUGACUUUGUUUCCACCAUUAGCACUGGCUUUAUUGGACCCUGAAAUAUUCUUCAAAGCCUUGGAUUUUGCAGGAACAUAUGGAGUUCUGGUGCUGUUUGGCAUUCUUCCUGCUGCAAUGGCUUGGUCAGAUAGGUACUCAAGUUCAUCACCAUCAAUAAAACUACCAGAGCUAGUUCCUGGAGGAAGAAUUACCCUUUCUUUUGUAAUUGGAGGUGCAGGAUACAUCAUUUUUUCUGAAAUAUUGGACAAUUUUGGACGUUCAUGAUUGUUAAGAAUACAAAUGAUACCAUAUCAUGCCCUGUCCUGAAGAUGGAAUGUAUCUAAAACUCGUAUAGUUAAUAGACAUGGAAUUUCUUUUUUUGCACAUAAAUAGAUCUCGAAUUGUAUUAAGAUUCUCUUA